GUUUGUUUAAAGCACUCAAUGAUGAACAAAUUGAUGUAUAUCAGCAUAUCAUGACAGCAGUUCUUUCAAAGAAGGGAGGAUUCUUUUUCUUAUAUGGCUAUGGUGGUACAGGUAAGACUUUUAUGUGGAAGACAUUGUCGGCUGGUCUAAGAAGCAAAGGCAUGAUUGUUUUGAACGUAGCAUCAAGUGGAAUUGCUUCUUUAUUACUUCCUGGUGGAAAAACAGCACACUCUACCUUUUGCAUCCCACUGUUAAUUAAUGAAGAAUCAACUUGCAACAUAGCACAAGGUAGUCUUAGGGCAAAACUUCUUAUGGCAUUUGAUAGAACACUAAGAGAUAUUAUGCGAAAUGUUGAUGAUGCCAAUAAAGACAAACCAUUUGGUGGCAAAGCAGUUGUGUUAGGAGGUGACUUUAGACAAAUUCUACCAGUUAUCAAAAAAGGAUCUAAGUUUGAUAUCAUAAAAUCAUCAAUCAACUAUUCAGUGUUAUGGAAUUGUUGUAAAGUGCUAAAGUUAUCCAAGAACAUGAGAUUAAGUACUACAUCAAAUACUGAAACAGCCAAUGAUAUUCAAGAAUUUGCUGAUUGGAUUUUGAAGAUUGGAGACGCAAGAAUGGAUCUAAAUGAAAAUGGUGAGUGCAUUGUUGAAAUUCCCGAACAGAUCCUAAUUACAAACACAGAUUUACCUUUAUUGUCAUUGGUUGAAUUUGUCUAUCCUGAAUUUGUGGUUAACAUGUUGAAUCCUAAUUAUUUUGAUGAUGGAGCAAUUUUGUGCCCAACAAAUGAUUCUGUAGAGCAAGUAAAUGAUUUCAUGUUGUCCUUAAUUGUGCAAUCUGAAUGGUUUACAUCUGAAUUUUUAAAUGAUAUCAAAUGUUCAGGGAUACCAAAUCAUAAACUGAAGUUGAAAACAGGUGUUCCAAUUAUGCUCUUGAGAAACAUUGAUCAAGCAAAAGGUUUAUGCAAUGGCACAAGAUUGCAAGUCAAACAUUUAGGCAAGAAUGUAAUAUGUGCAACUGUAAUUACUGGAAAAAACAUUGGUGACAGCAUUUUUAUACCAAGAAUGGAUUUAGUGCCAUCGGAUUCAGGGUUGCCUUUCAAAUUUCAAAGAAGACAAUUUCCGAUAUCUUUAUGCUUUGCAAUGACGAUUAACAAAAGUCAAGGACAAACGCUUUCUAGAGUUGGCCUUUAUCUUCCACAACCUGUAUUCACACAUGGCCAACUAUAUGUUGCUAUUUCUAGAGUCAAAACCAAAAGAGGAUUGAAAAUACUUAUAUUGGAUGAAGAUGGAAAGGUAACAAACACAACUAAAAACGUUGUGUACAAAGAAAUUUUUGAAACUCUUUGA